UGUGAUGUCGCUCUGGUCUGAAAAUUUAUGUAAUUAAAAGGAGAUACUACGUGAUCUUUUAAGAGUAGAAGACGGCGAGAAGAAGCUACUUAUGUUCAAGAAUCUAGGAAUUUUGAGUUUCUCUCAUAGAGCAUGCCAUCAAUUCAAUCACAUAGAUUUAGCUCAUUUCGUUCAUGGCAUUGUGAAUCCUAGCUUGGAUUCGAACCGACUGCUUAAUGAACUGUCUAAAUCUGGUCGAAUCGGUGAAGCCCGUAAAAUGUUUGAUAAAAUGUCUGAAAGGGACGAGUUUAGUUGGAACACGAUGAUUGCUGCUUAUGCGAAUUCAGGAAUGCUAGCUGAAGCUAGAAAGCUUUUUGAUGAUACUCCGAAUAGAAGUUCUAUUGCUUGGUCUUCUCUUAUAUCAGGGUAUUGUCGAUAUGGUUGUGAAAUGGAAGCUUUUGAAUUGUUUAGAGAAAUGCAUUCCGAGGGACAAAAUCUGAGCCAGUAUACAUUGGGCAGUGUUCUGAGGGGAUGUUCAAUAUUGGGUUCGCUCCGGAGAGGUGAAAACGUUCAUGGUUAUGUGAUCAAGACUGGAUUUGACUUCAAUGUUUUUGUUAUUACUGGUCUUGUUGACAUGUACGCAAAGUGCAAGUGCAUUUUGGAAGCUGAGUAUCUCUUUGAGACAUUGUCUGACAGCAGAAAUUAUGUGUUAUGGACUGCUAUGCUUACAGGGUACUCUCAGAUUGGUCAUGGCUUUAAGGCAAUUGAGUGUUUUCGAGACAUGAGAGCAAAAGGGGUGGAGUCCAAUCAGUUUACCUUUCCUAGCAUUUUGACAGCCUGUGCGGUGGUUUCAGCAUGUAAUUUUGGGGCUCAGGUGCAUGGGUGCAUAAUUACGAGUGGUUUUGGAGCUAAUGUGUUUGUCCAAAGUGCAUUGGUUGAUAUGUAUGCAAAAUGUGGAGACUUGAAUAGUGCAAGGAGGGCAUUAGAGAAUAUGGAAACUGAUGACGUUGUUUCUUGGAACUCGAUGAUAGUUGGGUGUGUGAGGCAUGGAUUUGAAGAGGAAGCUCAGUCCUUAUUUAAGAAGAUGCAUGCAAAAGAUAUGAAGAUUAAUGAUUUUACAUACCCUUCGGUACUAAACUCUUUUGCCUCCAUGAUGGAUAUGAAAAACUCAAAAUCUGUCCACUGUUUGAUUGUCAAGACUGGAUUCGAGGGUUAUAGGCUUGUGAGCAAUGCUCUCGUUGACAUGUAUGCAAAACAAGGAAACUUAGAUUGUGCAUUUAAGGUGUUCAAUCAGAUGAUAGACAAGGAUGUGAUCUCAUGGACCUCCCUAGUCACAGGAUAUGCUCACAAUGGCUCUCAUGGAGAAGCUAUUAAAUUGUUUUGUGAUAUGAGAACUACAGGAAUUUGUCCGGACCAAUUUGUGAUUGCCAGCGUCUUGAGUGCCUGUUCAGAGUUGACAGUCUUAGAAUUUGGGCAACAAGUUCAUGCAAACUUUAUUAAAUCUGGCCUUGAAUCAUCUUUGUCCGUAGAUAAUUCCCUUGUCACAAUGUAUGCAAAAUGUGGGUGUAUAGAAGAUGCCAAUAGGGUCUUCGACUCAAUGCAAGUUCGAGAUGUGAUUACUUGGACUGCUUUAAUAGUCGGUUAUGCACAAAAUGGUAAAGGAAAGGACUCCAUACAAUUUUAUGAUCAGAUGAUAGCAGGUGGCACAAAGCCGGACUUCAUAACUUUUAUUGGUGUACUAUUUGCUUGCAGCCAUGCUGGUCUUGUAGAAGAUGGUCACCGGUUUUUUGAAUCAAUGAAUAAGGUCUAUGGAAUAAAGCCAGGUCCUGAACACUAUGCCUGUAUGAUUGACCUCUUGGGGCGCUCAGGAAAAAUUAAUGAGGCUAAGCAAUUACUGAAUAAAAUGGAUGUUAAACCAGAUGCAACAGUAUGGAAGGCACUACUUGCUGCAUGUAGAGUACAUGGGAAUUUAGAGCUGGGAGAGAUGGCAGCAAACAACCUUUUUGAAUUGGAACCCGUGAAUGCUAUGCCUUACGUUCUAUUAUCUAACAUGUAUUCUGCAGCCAACAGAUGGGAAGAUGCUGCAAGAAUUCGAAAAUUGAUGAAAUCAAUGGGAAUCAGUAAGGAACCUGGUUACAGUUGGAUUGAGAUGAACAGCCAUGUGCAUAAAUUUAUGUCUGAAGAUAGAGGCCAUCCAAGGACAUCUGAGAUCUAUUCCAAGAUAGAUGAGAUUAUGAUAUUAAUCAAGGAAGCUGGUUACGUGCCAGACAUGAGUUUUGCACUUCAUGACAUGGAUGAAGAGGGUAAGAAGCUUGCUCUAGCUUAUCACAGUGAGAAGUUGGCCGUUGCUUUUGGGCUUCUCACCGUGCCACCAGGAGCACCAAUUCGCAUUUUUAAGAAUCUUCGAGUUUGCGGAGAUUGCCAUACUGCUAUGAAAUAUAUAUCAAGAGUAUUUCUUCGACACAUUAUUUUGAGGGAUUCAAACUGUUUUCAUCAUUUUAGAGACGGAAUUUGUUCUUGUGGGGACUAUUGGUAGGAAUUUCAUCCCAAAUCUUACUCCUAACCAGUUUCCCAUGAGGAGCAUUUGCUGAAAUGACUGGUUUUUGGUGCUUUCACUACAUAAUUUUUCCUGCAACAUCACUCUCAAGGCAAAUCUGAAAGUUCUGGAACCCGGGAGAGUAUGCAGACUGUGUCUUAUGACACUCAGGUGAAACCCUUACUUAGCAGGUAAUAUGAAUCUCCCGUCGUCGAUAUACCCAUAUGACAUGAAUUAUCUCAAAUCUGAGCACUUGGACAGCCAUAAGAAAUUUACCUUCUGCAGACAUGCCAUGUAUAUGAUAGGACCUAGCAAUAUGUGGCCCCAAUUUGCCACUUUGAAUAUCUUCUAAAGAAGAAAGAAAAAUUAGGCAAACUGUAUUUUACCCUCAUGGUAAAACCUGUCUUCAUCUCGCCACCUUGUGUUUGGAAAAUGCGAUUCUGCCGCUGUGAGAAUUGUGCAUUACAUUUUGCUGUUAAGAUAGAUAGAAUAUGCACUUUGACACCCCCAAUGCAGGCCUUUUCAUGUGCCAAUUCCAUGUAACUUGACAGCAAAAUAUGAUGGAAAAAACCUCAGGGGACUAAACUAAGACUUUCAGACCAUAGGGUGGCAAAAGGAAAACAGGCUGUGCAUUAGGGGUUCCUGAGAAAAUUUCCACACUGGAUCUUCUGAAACUUUCCAGCAAUGUGAUUUAAGACAUUAACAACAUGGUUUUACCUCUUCAUGCAAUCCGGCUUCUCCAUCACCGAACUUUUGGUGGACAAAAGACUCCUUGAAUUAAAGAAGGCAAACCCCAGUGCUUCCAGUUCAAGUUGAAAAACUUUCCAUUGCCGAUGCCAAGCAUGUUUCAGGUGAAUGAAUGUUCCUGUUGCCUUGAGCAUCUUUAUUAACCAAUUGCCUUUCAAAAUUUGUACUGCCAAAAACAGAUUUUGGCUUUAUGUCGGAUAGAAUUUGCUUUUCAAAAUUCACU